AUGGCAAGGGAGAAGGAAGAAGAUGAUGAGAUUGACGAGGAGAAAGAGGAUCCAAAGUGCCCGACAAUUCUGUUUACCGCGGCGGAAAAGUCUAAGUGGCGCCGAGAAUGGCGUUCGGCACUGGUAGUAAAGGGAUUAGGUAGAAGAGUCUCCUACAUGCCAUUGGCUCGCCGACUGAAUGCAAUAUGGGCUAGGCAUGGAGAGUUACAGAUCUCUGAUAUGCGGAACGGAUGUUUUUUAGUACGGUUUCGUAGCCAGAAGGACUAUGAAUGGGCGACGAUGGGUGGACCUUGGCUACUGGGAGAUACCUAUUUGACGGUUCAUAGAUGGUUUAAGGGUUUCAACCCGUGGAAAACGGUGGUGACAUCAACAAUGGUGUGGGCUCAAUUACCUGAGUUGCCAAUUGAGUUCAUCAACAAGGAAGCCGUGAUGAAGAUCGGUGAAUGGCUGGGCAGACCGGUACGUGUGGAUAGAGCGACUGAAUUAGGGGCCCGGGGAAAGUAUGCGAGAGUAUGUGUUGAAGUUGACCUGACGCAGCCGCUACUAUCACAGUUCAAGAUUGAGGGGGUCACAUACCUGGUACAAUAUGAGGGUUUGGAUGACCUUUGCACCUGCUGUGGGACGUACGGGAAGAGGGCUGGUACAUGUCAUUGUGCAAAGCUUAAUAAUGUGAUGGAUGUGGAGGGUAACGGGGAGGUGGAACCGGAGGUAAAGGAGGAUCCCACGCAUGGACAAACGUAUGGUGACUGGAUGAUUGUCAAACGGCGGGGGAGAGGUUUUGAUCGGAGUAAGGAGGAGGGAAGGGGGAAACGGAAGGACGAGUCAGGCUCUAAUAGAUUUCAGCAGUUGGUAACAGAGUCAUCCCAAAUGAUGAGUGGGGAAGGGGAGAAGGAGGCCGAUAAGGGGGACAAAGGAAGGGGAGAAGAGAAUGUAGAGAGAGAAGUUAAUGAGGUACGUGACCAGCCCCAUGCAGAGCCGCAUGCAAUACAAACCCCGGUGGGAUCUCAGGAUUCUCCAAAUGGAGUACCGCCGAAUAAGCAAGUGAUGGCCGCAAAAGAGGGAGCUGGAGGUCGAAAGGGUAAUGAGGUGAGAAGGGGGCAGGGUGCUCAGACCCAAAAUGGGAGCGUGGGUAAGGCAAAAGGGAAGAGUGAUGAUGGGAAGAAGUUGGAACAGAAGAAGGGGGAAAGUAAAAAUGGCCCAGGAGGUCGGAAAGAAUUGAGUGGGGAAACUCCACAAAAAGCUGAUGGUGCGGGGAACCGAUCCCCUUCGGUUGUUAAAUGA